AUGUGUUCGUGGAAUCAGGAGAUUCUCCGAAUCAGCGGCCUCAUUACCAGCAACUCCGUUUAUGGGAAGUGGAAGGUUCGCGGUGGCUACCAGGGCGACGGUGGCUACCAGGGCGACGGUGGCUACCAGGGCGGAGGUGGCUACCAGGGCGACGGUGGCUACCAGGGCGGCGGUGGCUACCAGGGCAGAGGUGGCUACCAGGGCGACGGUGGCCACCAAGGAGAGUGUUCCCCGAUUGGGACCAAAGCUAUCUCCCUUUCGUCAUCUUCUGUGGUUAUUUCUAUUUUCUUGUACGAAUGUUCUUGUAUCCGAAUUAGAGGAUGUCAAAUUGUUUCUGCUCGACACGGGGUUUCCCCGUUGGCACCCGUCAAGGGCACGGAAGUGGCACCCCAUCGAGGGAAGCGGCCACCCUUGAGGCAAACAGCAUAUGAGGCUUGCUUGACAUAG